ACCGGAUCUUCCUCCACAACUAACAGUCACACCUUCCUUCUUCUUCAUCAAUCCACAAUUAAAUUGUCUUUUGGUCAGUUAAAUUAUUAAACUAAAGAGAGAGAAAGUAGUGUCAGGGGCAUUUUGGUCAACUAAAAUUAUUAAAUUGGAUGGGUUCGUCUUUCGUCUUUAGGUUUGUUUUCCUCCCGUCACUCCUUGCUUAAUUCCGCCGCAAAUUUCGUCAACGAUUGACUUUGCGUUAAUGGCGGUAUCGUACAAUGCACUAGCACAGUCUUUGCAGGCGAGAAGUAACUGCUUCGUCCCCAAAGACUUGUGCAUCAAGCAGAGACGCAGCAGCAGCAGAUCCAGCAGUGUCGUCGUAUUCGCUGCUUCUAAUGAUAACAACAUUGCUCUUCAAGCUAAGGUAGAUAAAUUGCUGGACGGCAUCAAAUGGGAUGACAAAGGAUUAGCUGUUGCAAUAGCACAAAACGUUGACACUGGAGCCGUGUUAAUGCAAGGCUUUGCUAACAGAGAGGCUCUCUCCACAACCAUCACUUCUCGUAAAGCUACAUUCUUCAGUCGAUCUAGAUCAUCCUUAUGGACUAAGGGAGAGACUUCCAAUAACUUCAUCAAUGUCCUCGAUGUUUACCUUGACUGCGACCGCGAUUCAAUAAUCUACCUUGGAACACCUGAUGGGCCUACUUGCCACACUGGGGCAGAGACUUGUUACUACACCUCAGUGUUCGAUCAACUAAACAGUGAUGAGGCUGCAGGAAACAAGCUAGCAUCAACAACAUUGUAUUCACUAGAAUCAAUCAUUUCGAAGCGGAAAGAAGAAUCAUCAGCUCCUCAACAAGGCAAACCAUCAUGGACUCGACGGUUAUUGACCGAUGACGCUCUGCUUUGCUCUAAGAUCAGGGAAGAAGCAGACGAGUUAUGCAGAACACUGGAGGAUACGGAGGACGCUUCAAGAACAGCAUCGGAGAUGGCUGAUGUGUUGUACCAUUCGAUGGUGCUUCUGUCUAAAAGGGAUGUGAAGGUUGAAGACGUUCUCGAAGUUCUUAGAAAACGCUUCUCUCAGUCUGGGAUCGACGAGAAGCAAAACCGCACAAAGUGACCGAGAAGCAAAACCGCACAAAGUGACCGUUUACUAGUGUUUGAAUAAUGUUUUGUAUUUGCUAUAAUUCUCUUUGAAGUUAGUCUUUGACCAUUUCCAAUGGCUUAUUCUAAUUUUUACUCUAAAGUAGAAUAACUCUAUAAUAUAGUUUAAGUUUACUUCAAUGGUACUUUAUUUUAGAA